AUGAGAAUUCUGGUUCUGCUGUGGACAGUGUGUUUGGCAGGGCUCUGCCACUGUGGAGGUGAUGAUGGCGCUAAAGGAGCAUUAAAGAGAGCCUUUACAGAAAUUCCUCAGGAUGUCAGCAUUCCCGUUAUUCUGGACCUUGCAAGUCCAGACGAGUCCAAGAUACUUGUGCAUACAGAAACUGAAUCCGGAGUAUCCUUCAAGGGGUAUUCUCCAAAGGAUGGUGUUCUCGUAUCCUCUGUUGUGGAUGGAGAAGCUCAGCUAUGGAAUGCUGAAACUGACCAAAGGUCUCUACUAGCUUGGUGCUAUGCUAAGGACGGCGUAGCAAUUCUCUGUCUGGAAAUUGAUAGCAGCUCCGGAAUAGACUUGGACAACAGGGUGGAAGAAGCUGAAGACGGUCCCCAAGAAGCCAAUCCAUUGCAUCCUAUCGGCGAGGAAUUUGUGGAGGAUCUCAUAAGUACUCCAGCUCAACAUUCUGCAGUUCCUGUUGCGUCUCUAUUCUCUCCAGAUUCUGGUACUCUAGAUCUUCCUAAUAUAGAUGUCUCAAAGAUAAAUGUAGAGACAAAUGAAGACAACGGAGUGACUGUUAAGGAGUACUAUCCAAAGAAGGGUGUUAAAGUUACAUCCGUAGUUUAUGGUGAUAAGGAGCUAUGGAAGGCAGGACCAGGAGAGGUAUGCACGUUUGUACAGUCCUACACAAAAGAAGACUCUGUUCUACCUACCGUUGUUGUAAGUAGUCUUGAAUGA